CAGUUACGCGGUGGCCGGCUUUUCGAACGGACGACUAGCACGACUGCCUGUCCAAGACGCCUAGACUCGAUCCCGCCUCGGGAGGCUGUCUCUCCCUCUGCGUUCAUUUCCCCUCUGCCUCUCGGUCCAGCACCGAGAUCCGAGCACCAGCAGGUUCUGCCCGCUCACUGGGGAGCAGCCGCGUUUCGGAACCGCGACCCGUAGUCAGUGUUCGUGCCGCGGAAUCGGUUCACUUCAAGGAACCAGAUAAAAGUCGCUCGGUUCUACACUGGCGAACACGUGGCUCAGGGCAUUCGGAGGGUGACGUGAUCAGUGCAGUGGGUGUUUAAGUGACCAGCCCCUGCAUGCGCUACCCCAGCAACGGUCAGCUACGGCUUCUGCGACCCACGGUAUCACCAUCGGCAAGUGGGAAGUUUCUCGGGACCGAUGUUCACCGGCCGUCGCUUCCAGGUUCGUCACAAUGAGAUUGGUCACUGACAUAUCACUUUAAAAUACCACUGCACAAGUCGAAAAGCGAACAAGCAUUAUGAUACUUACCUGAUGGUCGUUAGUAAGACGCCCUCUGGGACAUCCUGGCUCUGCACAAACCUGUGGAUCAUCUUCGAAAAUCAUUCCAACGUUAUAUUAACACUGACAUGUAGUAUGCUGAUUACCUGCACACCUUGACUUGCAAGUAUAGUCGUUUCAUGGAUCUCGUGUCGUCUAAUUAACCCCUGGAUCAGGACUACUGAUGGGAUGCUUUUUCCCGCUCGUAACAGAGUCAUUCCCUUCUCACGUUCGUUCGCUUCACGACCUGAUGAUUAUCCAACUGACUUCACGGAUGAGGAUUAGGUGUCUCAGCUGAUUUAUACAUCAGUGGCAAUAAUGCCCGUCAUCUGUACUGCAAGGGAGGGUCUGCGUUGAGGAGAUAUUGAAGUGGGUUAAUUAAUGUACAGUGUGUUGUACAAAUGUAAGUAAAGAGAGAGAAGGAGAGAAAGCGAGAGAGAGAGAGAGAGAGAGAGAGAGAAAGAGAGAGAGCGAGAAGGAGAGUUCUUCCGUCAUAACAAACCGUCGAAGGAGCAAAGGACUUUCUCGAGUCCCCCGGCCCCGGCGGUUGUGUCCGGCUGCUUGGGGAUGGUGACAGUGGAAAGCCGAUGAGAGGUGAACUAGCAGGCUCUUCAGUUGAUGAGAAAAAACCACAGAGGGGUUAGUUGUGCGAUGCGUACUGUCGAGAGUGCUGGGACUACGGAGACUACGACGCCUUGCACCGGGUCAGCCCAGGACCUCCACAUCUGCAGCUUGUACCUGUCGUCCCAAUCCUCCUCGGUGACAGUCCGCAGGAAUUUCGACACCGGAGAACCUCCCUCGGCAUCCUCGGCCUCGGCUGACUCCAACAACAACGACAAUCAUCACCGGAAUCUAGAGUCCUUCGAGCCCCACCUCGGUCAGCGUCUCGAGUCCAGAACGAAGUGGCAGCUGCAGCAUUCCCCGAUCGGCGAAAGUGAGAACAGUAACAGCAACAGUAACAGCAGCCUGCAGCAUCCGAGGUGUUUGUCUUCUUCAGCUGGUGGAAUAGGUCGAAUCGAGGCAGUUGAGCAAUCGACGCCGGAAACAACGCCACAGUCUCAGGUUCAGCAGCAAGCUACUGCGAUUCUUCAGCAGUGUAACGCCGGGCAAAUUUCCGCCCCCGUAUCCACGAACGUUAUACCAGUUAAUUCGGUAGCGCCUUCGGCAGCCAUAACCGCCUCAAACGCGGUUCCUGCAGUGAACCGACUAGUGCAAUCACAUCCUGGUGCAGGUGUCAACAACGCUGCGGCAACCACCACAGCAUUUACCGUCGCUUCAAGUAUGCUCCUGCUGCAGACACAGAGCCCCUUCGGAUGUAGCAGUUUCGCGGAUCUCCUAACGGCGCCAUACGCGGACCCAAUAGAGGGCGGUAAUUUGUCAGAAGAUCUUGACCCGUUCCCGGAACUAAGUUUGGGCAGCCAGACGCACCAGGGAACGGUCUCGACGGAGUCACACAGCGCGAAUUCGCACCCCCAGCUGAUACCGGGCGACGUGCAGGCGGACUCGCUGAGUCCAACCCCGCUUCCCAGCUUCCAGGAGACCUACACCGUCCAGCGAUACACGAGGCAGGAGCUCCAGGGCCUGGGGAUCAAGAUGGACGAGGAUUGCUACAGCAGUCAGGUCUACCCCACCGGCCCAUACCCCGAGUACCAGGCCGCCGUCACCUACAGCCACCAUCACCACCAUCAGGCCUACUACCAACCAGAACCGCCUCCAACUCCGACCCCCGUUCCCCAGGAGUCUCAGUACUCACCCAUGCCCAUGGUGUACAGUUCGCCUGCCACAACCCCCGUGCCUCCGCCUUCGACCGUUCCUAUCGACCUUCACACUGCGGCCACUGUCACACCCAGGCAAGGACGAGCGGCACUUCCUCUACAGCGGUCAGAGUCCACUAGCAGUAACGAGUCACCAAAGCCACGAGGGGGUUCGGGAUCCGUGGGAUCAGCCUCACCGGGUACAGGUGAACGGGCCCCACCGAGUCCAAGUCAGCUGUGCGCAGUCUGUGGCGACACGGCAGCCUGUCAACACUACGGGGUGCGAACAUGCGAGGGGUGCAAGGGUUUCUUCAAGCGGACGGUGCAGAAGGGUUCGAAGUACGUGUGCCUGGCUGAGAAGGCCUGUCCGGUGGAUAAGCGCCGGCGGAAUCGGUGCCAGUUUUGCAGAUUCCAAAAGUGCCUGAUGGUUGGGAUGGUUAAGGAGGUCGUCAGGACAGACGACCUCAAGGGCCGGCGCGGUCGGCUUCCCUCGAAACCUAAGUCGCCCCAGGAAUCGCCCCCUAGUCCGCCCGUCUCCAUGAUCACAGCCCUGGUCAGGGCACACCUCGACACAACCCCGGAUCUUUCCAACCUAGACUACUCCCAGUACCGCGAGCCGGGACCGGCUGAACUUCCGGUUACAGAAGCUGAGAAAAUUCAACAGUUCUAUGGACUACUUACCACCUCUGUUGACGUCAUACGUAAUUUUGCUGACAAAAUACCAGGAUUCACGGAACUCGCCAGGGAAGAUCAGGAGUUGCUGUUCCAGUCAGCAAGCCUGGAGCUUUUCGUUCUGCGGCUUGCCUACAGGACGAAAUCGGACGCGACCCAGCUGACCUUUUGCAAUGGCGUUGUUUUGGCCAGAGCCCAGUGCCAGAGGAGCUUCGGCGACUGGCUCCACGGUAUUCUCGACUUCUGCCAAGGUCUCCACAGUCUCGACGUCGAUAUCAGCGCAUUUUCUUGCCUCUGCGCUCUGACGCUCGUCACCGAGAGACACGGUCUGAAAGAGCCGCACAAGGUGGAACAGUUGCAGAUGAAAAUAAUAGCCUCGCUAAGGGAUCACGUUACGUAUAACGCAGAGGCCCAGCGUAAGGCCCAUUACUUUUCGCGUCUUUUAGGAAAAUUGCCGGAGCUUAGAAGCCUCUCGGUGCAGGGCUUGCAGAGGAUUUUUUACCUAAAACUUGAGGAUCUUGUUCCUGCCCCGCCACUCAUAGAGACAAUGUUCGUCGCGAGUUUACCCUUUUAAUUAUUUAAUAAUAAUUACGUAUUACGUAAGAUAACAAGUUAUGCAUACAUGUAAUGUGUGUUGUAUUAUAUGUAUAUUGCAUACAUACACUGCACAAUAUUUAUGUCGAUAUAUCUAUGUGCAUGUAUGUAUAUAUAUAUAUUUUUUUUGUGUGCAUAUGUAUAUCUUUAUCUGUUUCACGUGUAUCGCAGUUCAUGUUGUACGUUAAAAUCGAAAUGAUGAUAUUUGUUCAAUCUAUUUUUGGUCUUCCUCUUCAAGAAUCGUGUAUGUACGGUAUAACACAUAUCUUUUUUGCAUCUUUACUAUCAUACUUGAGUUAUUUAAUACAGAAGAUAUACGGCGUGAUUUGUUUUUUAUUUCACUGCACUUGUACAUAGAAAAAACGACUGUAAAUAACUCAAGUUUUAUGUAAAGCAUCAACUGAUGAGAAAUAUUUGUCCAGAUUUCUUGUUCUUCGAAAUAUCCGUAACGUGCAGUAACAUAAAACCAGAAAAGCAGGAUAUUAAAAAUUAUAAAACGAAACAUUUUUUUCACAGGUCUGCUCAUAUUUAAUCGUUGCAUCUUUCUUUUUUUAUUUUCACUCGAUGAAUUGAGCCAUUGUUCAUUUGCACGCUUGCAAAAUGAUUGUUGUUUUAUCUUGGUGUUUUUUUUUUUUGGUCUAUCAGUUCGAUGAACUGAAAACAAAGGCCCAGGUGGUAGAAAAAAAUGCAGUAUCGUGUACGUUCAAUGCAAUGUAAAAAAAUUCUUUCUAUUUCCUUUUGUCCGUAACGCGGAUCAUGCGUCUAAUUGCAAUAUUGACGGAAUCAAAAACGUUGCGUGAGUAAAUAUAAUAUUGGUAUUCAUUGAACCGUGUAAUCAAGCGGCGUGUCUCAAUUACGGAAGCACUGUUAACGCUGUUGCGAUUACGUGUAAGACAUCCGUGUUUUUUUUUAUUUCUAUCAAUUCUCUUCGGUGUGUAUGUAAUGUACAUCGAUGCGCGUAAUGUAAAAGUAAAUGCCGAUGAAUCGGUAAGAUUAAAGGGAAGUAAUACAUGGAACAAACUAAUAAAAAGAAAAAAACUUUUCUUUUAUGCGAUUUUCUAAAAUUCUUAUACUACGCGAUCGCGCAUCGUCAUAAACUUACCGGCUACAUGUUUCUAUGUGCUAAAUAUUACGUCAUUUAGAAAGUACAUAUAUAUAUAUAUAUAUAUAUAUAUAUAUGUAUGUAUAUAUAUAACCAAUUUAUUAUCUGGUUACAUCUAUAAUUUUUCGCCGCGGGCGUGGAAUCCGCUCAUCGUCAUGUAAGAUUGUUCACUACGCGCAAGGAGCUGAUAAAAAAAGAAAAAGAAAAAAAUAAGAAGAGAAACCGAAAACGAAAUUUUAUAAUUCAAUCUUAAACAUCAUUUAUUUACUUUGGUUCCUUAUUUUUCUGAUCAUGCAGUCACAGCUUGUCUGAAAAGAAGUCUUGGGCGAAAAUUCCUUUUUGCAAUACCAAUCCACGAUAUACAUUUCAGCGAUAAUAAAAUCACGACCGCAAUAACGAUUAUAAUAAUUAAAAUAUAAUAACAACAAUAUGUAUAACGUAACCAUGUAUACGCGAUGUAGUAAUAAAACGAUAACAAAUGACCAGACGGUAGUAAUAAUAACAACAAUAAUAACGAAGAAAUUUGAAAAAUGAAACUAUUUUCAAAAUAAUUAAACACAAUAUCACUGUAGUAAUACUCUACACAUGUUAACGAUCAUGGAAUAUUGAUAAUAUAUUGUCACGAUUCAUUACGAUCACUUGCCUGUUGCUGUUGACAGAUCGGCAUAUUAAUAUCAUCAUCAUUAGUUUAUCAAUUAAUUAAUAUUCAUGUGAUCACAAACUUACAAAGACAUAUCAAUUUUCACGAUUUAUAUUAUGCAUUGAUAUCUAAGUAGAAGAAUGUGUUAUUGAAGAGAAAAAAAAAAUUAAUAUAUAAUAAUGCAAAUAUUGAUUAUACAUACUAUAUAAUAUAUUUGUAUAGCAUGUAUAAUCAAUAAUUGUAUAAUAAUGCACGUUGAUGUGUAAGAUUUUGUACCUAUUAUAUAUAUAUAUAUAUAAAGUAAUAUAUUUUGAAGAAGUGUAUAUAUAUAUAUAUUAUAUAUAUAUAUAUACGUAAGUAAAAAGUAAAGGAAGACAUAAUAGUGAGAGGUAGCCGUAUAUAUAUAUAUAUAUACACAUAUAAUAAAUCACACGAUGUGUACAAUUAUAUAACGAUUAAACGCGUGUAUACCUAUACCUAUAUCUACCUACCCAGGCAACUGGCGUUUCGGCGUUACAGACGUAUUAAAAAACUUUACGAGUAGUCUUGAAGACGACGGUGGUGAAUUCGAAAACGUGAAGACACUAAAAAAAAAAAAAAAAAAUCGUUACUAGAAGAAUAAAAAAUUCCGCAUGGAGUAAUUUUGAAAGUGUACGAAAGACGAUUCAUGAAAUUUUAUCCGCUCGCGUAAUCAAGACGUCCGAUAAAUAGAUGUCUUUAUAACGCCCUCGCAUUGUUUGGGUAUAAUUUAUAUCUACUUAUCCUAAACGCAUACAGCUACGUGUGUGUACAUUGUACGUAUUAUAAAAUAUCGAAUGCACAAUAUAUUCGUAUAACAUGAUACGCAUUAUUUACCGAAAUAUAUGUAUAUUAAAAUAUUAUAACCUGUAUACCACGUACGUGUGGUAAUUAAGCAGCUUCGUUAGUCAUAAUAAUAUUUGGAAGUUGGAGAGUGACGGGGGACUCUCCAACUCCCAGAUAUUACUAAUGAUUCACCAUUUCUAUUAAAUUUCAGACAGCAUAAGCAGCUUCGUUUUACCUACAUCCUAAUACAAUAUAGUAAUACAUGUACACCGUACAUUUAUAAUUAUGCGCAAUGACUUUCGUUACUACUUGGAUAUUAAAUGUAUGUUUAAACAGAAAUACGUAUAUCUGUGUAUAUGUUUAUAGGUAUAUGUACCAACUCUUAUUUACGCGUAGGAAUCAAAUUUACAAUUUUCCUCUGUUUCUCUCUAUUCUCUGUUUUCUCGCUAUUAUACAUGUACCUACAUUAUAUAUAAUAUUGUAUAUCUACGUAUAGGAUAUAAAAUAAAUUUAUAUGCGUAGCUGUGUUACCUUGAAUAUCAAAUACCUAUAUUAUAUAUAUAAUAUAUAUAAUACAUACAUACAUAUAUGUAUAUAUAUAUAUCGUAUAACGUUAUGUGAUUUUUUCAAGUUAUAAGUAAUAAAUGAUUGUACACUUAUAAUAUAUGUAAAAUACGUAUAGCGGCCUUGUUUUAAUACCAUAUAAACACAAGGAUACACUGUGUAUAAGAUGUAUCUGAGGUUUUUCAAGUGAACAAAAUAAGUAGUCAUGAUAGCUUAUGAUGUGUAUAAAAAUUCCCAACUUCCGGAAACUUUGGCGAAUGAUAAUAUAUAAAGAGAAGUAAUCGAAUGAAGGAGACAAAAAAAUUUAAGACAAGCCCGACUAGCGAUAAUUAUAGUUAUCUGUUAAUUUACUAUGUGUUAAAAUGUAUACACCGUGUAUAUGUGUGUAUAUAUUAGGGUGGUCUUUGAGAAGUUUAUUUUUCAAUUUCAACCGGGUCGCCCCACAAAUCGGCACCACAUAAUUAAGAAAUAAUUUCUUAAUUUUUUCAGAUUCUUAUCUCAACUUUAACUCGUGCCCCCAAGAGGGUGGAUUUCCCCAUUCAACCAUUUCAGGGGCACAUGAAAUCGACCGAACGGACUUAGAUGAAGUUUGGUAUACGGGGAUAUUUUGGGUCGCUGAUUACGAAUCUGAACUUAAAAUUUGACAAUUCAAAGCGGCAGAUCCAAUAUGGUGGACCAAACCCCAAAAGUCACUUGAUAUUACCAUAUUAGGUCCACCAUUUUGAAUUUCGUAAUAUCAAGUUCAGAUUUGUAAUCAGUGACCGAAGAAACCCCCCCCCCCAUACCCAGUUCAAACUAAAUCCGUUUAGUAGAUUUGAUGUGCCCCUGAAAGGGUUGAAUGGAAUCCACCCUUUUUGAGACACGGCUUAAAGUUGAGAUAAAAAUCUGUAAAAGAUAGUCAAUUAUUUUUUAAUUAUCUGGAGCCGAUUUCGGGGGCGAGCCGGUCGAAAUUCAAAAAUGACCUUUUCAAGGACUACCCUAGACUAUAUAUAUAUAUAUAUAUUUGGGUAUACGUACAUUUGUUUAUAUGUAUACAUAUUUGUGUACGCAUAAACGGAUGUAUUAUGCAAUUAUACCUGUGCUAUACGUAUAUUAUAUAUAUGUAAUAAUAGAUAGUAUGUAAUAUAAUAAUACCUAAUAUCUACUAUAUCAACGUUUUUACGAUCGAAUAUCCAUGUAAUAUCUACUAUAUAUGUAUAUAAUUGUACGAAAAAUCUCCUAUCCUAUUCAUUUACCGGGUGUCCUAUAUUAAAAAACGCGUCAAGAUAUUUUGCAAGGUACGCGACGUAGAAGAAAUAUCAAAUGGUUUUGUGUUUGAACAAAAUAUUUCUUUUCUACCCUCUCAUAAUCGAAGGUUUUCAUCAAAACAGUCGAAUAUUUUCAAAUUUCAACAUUUCAACUCUUCUUGAACCAGUAAAUAUUACGUUACGAUUUUCUAGCGUAAAGCUUGAUUUUUCGAAUACUUAUUUUUGGCAGUUCCCUCGAAAUUUUUCAAUUUUGAUCCGAACAAUUUAUUUACGUCUUCUUUAGUACCGAACUAUUUCAAUGGCUAAUUCGAAAUGGGGCACCUUGUAUGUACAAAUUUAUGUACAUAAUAUAUCUAAUAGCUAUUAAAGUGCCUGUAUAAUAUAAAUGUUUGGAUCCGUGCGUGAGGCUGCAGAGAAUAUAUUUGAAUUUGAAAAAAAAAAAGAAAUACGAAAUUCAAUAAAGUUUCAUUACCGUAUAAAACAUAAUUGGUAAUCAGUAUGUAAUUGAAAGAAUAUUGCAGUCAAUGUUCCGUAUACCUAUAUCUGUGUAAUAUAUUGCAUUGAACUGUGAAAUAUGGAGAGAUGUAACAAUGUAGACUUUAAACUUAUAGGUAUUUAUCUUAGGUAAACAUAACUAUCCUUUUCACAAAAAAUGUCUUAACCGUAAUUGUAUCUAUAAUAUCAUUAAAUUCGUAAAGUUUCUGUACGACUUCAGCCGCGCGCAUGCGCACAUAAUUGUAUAUGUACAACGGAUAUUACGUGUAAUUUGUACAGCUACCCCAGACAACCAACGCAAAGACGUCCAAAAAAUUCGUGGUUUGUAGUCUUGUUUGUAAAGAUAUCCGAUAGUGAGUCGUCUUAUUUCUAAACGUCUGACCUUUAGGAGUUGUUCUCAGUCAUUUUUUCGAUGAGCGUCUCUUAGGCGUAAUUUAGGCGUCGAUAUGCUUAAGACGUCUGAAGUGCGUCCAAAAUUAGACACUUUUCAGGCGUCGAAUUACAGCCAUAACCAGAAAAGCGAGAUACAACGUCUAAAUGACGUUGAUUAGGCAGCAAACGUCCGUGUAACUAUUUACUGAAUACGUCCUAUAUCAUUAGAAACGCGACAGAAAUGAUAAUUUUUUGAAAUUAUGUGCAAUGUAAGAAGGUGUGAAACAAAACAGAAACUGCGGAGCUGAAAGUUUAACAGGGUGCUCUUAAGUACGCAGAAACCACCCGUCCUAUUAUGAAAGCGUAUCAUAUAGAAUUAUUACUAACUAUUGUACAAUACAUGAACAUGUUACGAUGACAGUCUAGUUGUUUGUAUGCCUAUGUAUGCUGUGUCAUAGAUUUGCGAAGAAAAAGAAACAUUUUUGUAUCUCUGUGACGUAAUAGUGUAUUUUAAUUUUUUGCUACUCGCUUUACUUCUUGUCUCUUUAUGAUUCUUCUUGUUUUCAUUAAUUAUUAAUUUAUCAUUCGACAAAAUAUCCAUGACAUACAUAUGUAUGAUACAUCGGUAUAACAUAUUAUGAUGAUCAAGAUUACGAGCGUAUAAUUCGCUUAAUGUGAAAUAAAGAAGAAAGUCAGUUGAUUACCAUCCUCCUUAUAUUAUGCCGUAUAUUAUGUACGAGCUGCAGCGUACAAAUACCCACACCAUAUGAUCGACGUUAACCAUAGAAAUAACAAUAAUAAUUGAAAAAAACUACCAUAGUAUACUUAUAAAUAUGUAUUAUAUAACAAGAAGGAAUAAAAUUUGAAAGUAUAUUAUACAAGUAAUACAUAUGUGUACGUAUGUGCACAUGCUAAAUAACGUUAUGCUAUUUUAUAAAAAAAAAAAAUAAUGAUAACAACUCGUAAAACAGGAAAAGAAAAUGCUUAAA